AUGUCAACUCCACUUGUUGCUGCUACGCUUGCAGCUUUGCUGGAGCUAGGUGGCGUGAUGGGUUACGUGCGUAAGGGCAGUAAGGUGAGUUUUAUUGCUGGAACCACAACAAGUUUGAUCAUGGCCUUAACAGUACCUUUUCUAUGGAAGAAUGCUUACCACAAGGAUGCUAAUCGUGUUGCAGGUGCUACCACAUUACUGCUCACUGCUAUAAUGGGAGCUCGCUAUUUGAAACACAAAACUACUGUUCCACUUGUUGUGUCUUUGGUGAAUGGGCUAAGUUUUCUCUUCGCAUUUGCACCAAACUGUUUCUGA